AUGGAGGAAAUGGAAGCUCUCCAGCUUCUGAGAAGCUCAGAGCCCGUGGGGGUCCUGUCAGUCGAGAUGGCCCCAUUCCAACGUCUAGUGGUGCAUGUGGUGGAGCAUCGGGAAAGGAGGAGAGGUGUGGAUAGAGCAAAGGCAUUCAUCUCCCUGGGCCUCUCUGGACCUCCUACUCUCUCGACGAUUUUCCCGGACGCGAGCGUGCGGUGCCCGACGAGGCCGCUGGGUGGCGCCGCGCGGGACGCCGAGCGUGGGAAGCGCGGGCGCGCGGGCAGGCUGAGCUCACACGCCCGGGAAGCGGCCGCCGCGGAGCCGGCGUCCGCAGCGGCUGCGCAUCUCGGGCCUGCAGCGGGGCGCUUGGGGGUGGCAGCGAGCAGGUUUGCGCAGUACCCCCGGAGGGAGGAAGGCCGCCGUGAGGAACAGCAAGUGACCGAGCAGAGGAGCGGCUGGCCCAGCCAAUCCUGGAGCUGCGGCUGCAGCACUUGUUCCCCAAACAAGUGCUCCUUCAUUCUGGUAGGAGGACAGAGAGGAGGGGGCUACCGGCCCACACCCCUCCUCUGCCCAGGACCCCUAGGCUGCUUCCCUGCGGGAAGGGCAGCUAGGCUGCCUCGGGCUGGAGGGGCAGAGGCUGCCAUGGGCCAGGGUGGUGGUGGUUUUGCGGCCUCUCCCUGCUGCCCAGCGUGGGAAGAAGAGCACAGAGCCAGGCAAGUUUCUCUCUGUGUCCUCUGGGCUGGAAGGAGCAGGUACAGACAGGGCCGAGGCAGCCAGGGCCUGGUGCUGCUUUGGCAUUGGUGGCAGGAGGGCUGAACCUCCAGCCCCUUGGGUUUGGUUCCACCCCUGGCCUGUCCCUGGCAUUCAACAACUGCUCCUGUGUGCUUAUUGGUGCCACCAUGUUAUAUAACACUUAUAUAAUCUUCCAGGGCGAGCACUGUGUCUCCGCUCUCAGGUCACGCAGACACGGUGUCCGUGUGGGAGGCAGGAUCUGUGGAAGCCUGUGGGUGAACCUACUCCCCCCACCCCCAACCUGGCUCCUUCUCCUGAUCUCAAGCAUAGGAGGGGGGCUGGGAGAGCCAGGUGCCUCUCCACACCAGCUGUGUGGGGUGAGAAAGCGGUUGGCUGGGCAGUUUUCCUCACCUUCCUGUCUCACUAGUCCCAGUUGCCCUGUCUGGUAGAGCAGAUGCCAUCCUUGUGCUUUGAGACCAGCUCUUUGUUUUUGGGGACCCCUGGCAUGGCAGGUGGUAUGGCGAGAUGACCCCCAGAAUGUUGCCAUGGAAGAACACGUGGUACUUAGGGUUGGAUACAGAGAGACAGAAAUUAGUUCUGCCUUUGAGGUUUUGAGCAAGGGUAACUAGAAGGAUGGUGGUGGCAUUAUAAGAGAUUUGGAGCAGGCCUAGAGGGUAGGGGAUGGUCAAGGAAGGGUGUACAGGGAAGUAGAUCAGACAGCAAAGAUAAACAUGGUGUUCUUUUACUGUACUCUCCACUGGGCUGUCCCUGGUUACCAGGGCAACAGAAGCAGUGAUGAAAAUCAUGCCUUUCGUUCAGUGGAAAAAUCUGGCUCCUCCUCCUGGUUCUUCCUUCUCUAAAUCGCCUGUGACCCAUUGGGAGGGUGAUGUGUCCAAGGAUCAGAGAGAGACCCUAGCAUAUUUUCGUCAUGCUCCCCUUUCCCCAGUCUUUUCUACCAUCUCCCCUCUUCCUGCAUCCCCUGUCUCCCCUCAGGGCUCAGCAGUUGGCAGUUGCGUAGGAGUUGGAGUAGAUGCAGGGGGAAGGGCAUGGACGUCAUCACAGGGCAGGGUGAGCAGAGCGUGGGCAGAGACAUGGAUGCCGGAAUGCCUGGCACAUGAGGAGGGUCCAGCAUUGAUGAGCUUGAUGGAGCCAAGAGCCUGUUUUUGGGCUGGUAGGAGCUGAGGUGGGCCUGCGAGAUGAUGGAGGUCCUGCAGAGUUCAGCAGUCUCCGUUCGAGGGAGUAGGGAACUAGGAAGGGCCUGAGGUUUCUUGUGCAGUCGUCUUGUGAUGAAAAAUACCAAACCAUACCUCUUUCUGAAGUUAAGGUUUUUGUUUAAGUUUUAUCUUUCAUCUUGUGAUGAAAACUAUGAUUAAUUCAUUCAGCAUUUAUUGUGUGUCCUCCAUAUUAGGUGGGAUUCUGGGAACCGGGAAGCCAAGGUGAAUAGUGGUGGGCCUUGACCUUGAAGAGUGGUGAAUAGAAGAAAGAUGAGUUUAUUGGGGAAGAUCUGGCAUCGUUGCAAGCCUGGAAUAUGGGGUCCCCAGCAGGAGACUAGCACCAUACCAGACUGGAGGUGGUAGGUUAGGGUAGAGCCUGUG